AGCACACAGAAUAUAUAUGCAUUCUACCUACAAAUUCUUCAAAUGCCAAGCAACAAGAGCAAGAAAGUAUUAAAGAAACAACAACCAAAGAAAAUAAACAAGCCUCAAACAAAGAACUAAAGGGAUAGCAAUGAAAAUGGUGAAGAACGAGGAGAAUCCAGGAAGGAGAAGCAGAAGCAGGGUAGAUGGAGAGGCCUUGGAAGCAAAGUGUGCCAAGAGAAAGAGAAGAGAUCUAAUACCCGCGUGCCACAAUCAACAAAUAGAGCAGCCACGGCAGCAAGUUUAUCAAGCUUCCGCCCCUACCACAGUGAAGAGAAGUUCAAAGUUUCGCGGUGUCAGCAAGCAUAGAUGGACAGGGCGAUUCGAAGCUCACUUGUGGGAUAAACUUUCUUGGAAUGUUACACAGAAGAAGAAAGGGAAACAAGUUUACCUUGGAGCUUAUGAUGAAGAAGAAUCAGCAGCAAGAGCAUAUGAUUCAGCUGCACUCAAGUAUUGGGGGACAUCAACUUUCACCAAUUUCCCGGUGUCUGAUUACGACAAAGAGAUUGAGAUAAUGCAAACCGUAACAAAAGAGGAGUACCUAGCCUCUUUAAGAAGAAAGAGCAGUGGCUUUUCAAGAGGUGUAUCCAAGUACAGAGGGGUUGCAAGGCACCAUCACAAUGGAAGAUGGGAAGCUAGAAUAGGAAGAGUCUUUGGAAAUAAAUACCUCUACCUUGGCACUUACAGCACCCAAGAAGAGGCUGCUCGUGCUUACGACAUUGCAGCAAUUGAGUACAGAGGCAUCAAUGCUGUGACCAACUUUGAUCUAAGUUCAUACAUUAGAUGGCUCCAGCCAGGAGCAAACAAUCCAAUUGCUGUGCAAGAACAACAGAUGAACACAGAAUCUCAGUCAGUCCCAUCCUCUAACUUCAGUUCAGGAGAGGAAUUCCAAUCCUUGUUGUUCCAUGUCGAUAAUUUCAGUGUAGAUGACUUGAACUUUCCUCAAAAGCAAGAAGUGAUUGAAAGGAAAUUCCCGGUUAGCAAAUACGCAGAGUCUUCUUCUCCCACUGCGCUUGGCCUCCUCCUUCGUUCUUCAGUAUUUAAAGAAUUGGUGGAGAAGAAUUCUAAUGUCUUCGAGGAUGAAAUUGACGGGGAAGACACAAAGCACCAAUUACAGAUGGGUAGGGAUGACGAGUAUGCAAGGAUAUUAUAUGAUGGAAAUGGUGAUAUCCCAUUUGUGCUCUCUUCCAAUCGUGAGUUCCAAGGAGAGCUUCACUUCACCUAUAAUGAUCAAGGUGAACUGCUUGGAGCAGCAUCGUGCGACAUGCCUUCCAUGUGAUCACUAGUAGCAUUUGCAGGAUAUCUUGAGUAAUCUUAAUUGGUUUUUUUUUUUUUGUCUCUCUAGAAAUUUAUUACUUGAGCUUUUCUUUGUUGAUAUGAAAUUCCUCUACAAAUAAAUAUGA